AUGGACUGCAAUUUAGGAGCAGUUGGUUCCCCAGUCUGUUUGGCGCCUCAGCUUAUGCUCUUUAGGAGACUUCUAUCGACCAUUUCCAUUGCAAGAGAGACUCUCAGCUCCUUAAGUCUUUUAGUGAGGCGGUGCGGUGAAUCACGGGACUUGUCCAAAGCAAAAGCCACGCACGCACAAAUCCUUGCCUCUGAGCACAGGCAUGACAGAUACCUUCUCAACUUGCUUGUUGACAUGUAUGGCAAAUGCGGGAGCCUGCAAGAUGCAAAAGCUGUCUUCGACUCCAUCCACCACCCGAAUCUUUUCUCGUGGAAUAUCAUCCUCAGCACAUAUUCCCGAACUGGUAACUUGCACGGGUCUAAGAGAGCAUUCGAUGCGAUGCCGGAGAAGAAUGUGGUGUCCUGGACUGCCCUCCUUACAGCAUAUGCCCAAACUGGGCAUUUUUUGGAGCAAACCAGAGAGGUUUUUACCAAGCUUCCUCAGUGGAACUUAGUAUCUUGCAACACAAUGCUAGCAGUUCAAGAUACCCCACAUGUUGGAAAUUUUUACGAUUUCAUGCCUGAGAAAGAUGCAAUCUCGUGGACAACCCUGAUCAGAGCACAUGGCAAGAGAGGUGAUUUGCAAUCUGCGAGCCAAGUAUUGAGUCUAAUGCCGCUACAUGAUGUAGUGUCUGUCACAGUCUUGGCAGUGGAGUAUGGACAAAUAGGCAAUCUGGAAAAGGCUAAAGCAUUGCUUGUUGAGAUGCCCUUUUACGACGUAGCCUCUUGGAAUGCCUUGACCCAAGCAUAUGCCCAGGCCGGGUAUGUCGAUCAAGCGAGAAACUUGUUUGACGAGCAGCAAGACAAAGACACCACCUCUUGGGUCUGUAUGAUUCAAGCCUACGCUCGUUCCAAUCUCCUUGACGAAGCCAAGGCAACGUUUGAUGCAAUCCCCGAGAAGAACAUCGUUGUGUGGUCUGCAAUGGUGGCUGCCUUCGGCCAUGCCAGGGCGAUUGACGAUGCAAGAGCCGCUUUUGAUCUCAUGCCCAGCAGGAACUGCGUCUCAUGGACGUCUCUCCUGGGAGCUCUCUCGAUCGAGGGUGAUGUUCUUGGAGCCGAGAGCGUAUUCCAAGAGAUGCCACUCAAAGACAUAGUUGCAUGGAACUCCAUGCUCGAUGCUUUCGCGAACGCCAGAGAUCUCGCUGGAGUGGAAGCCACUCUCUCGAGGAUGGCAUACUGGGACAUGAUAUCGCUCAAUGCGGCUCUAGCGGUAUAUGCCCAAGCCGGGCAUAUUGAGAAAACCAGAGACUUCUUCCAAGCAAUGCCCGAGAGAGACAUUCUCUCUUUCAGCUCCAUGAUGCUCGUGGAGUCCGAAUGUGGAGAUCCCGACAACGCCAGAAACCUUUUUCGAUCGGUCACGGGAAAGCGAGACAUCGUCCUGUGGACGUGUUUGAUCCGGGCUUUUGCUCGAGGUGGCGACAUGGAUGCUUCCAAGGCAACGUUUGACAGGCUUCCACAGUGGGACUCCAUCUCGUGGAACGCGGUGAUCACGGGCUAUGCCCAAAACGGCUGCCUGGAAGAAGCACGAAACAUGUUUGAGGGAAUGCUCCAGUUCGACGUUGGAUCGUGCAAUGCGGUUCUCCAGACAUUCGCUGCGAGAGGCCACCUUAACGAGACACGAGAGACUUUUGAGAGGAUGAUCCACAGGGACGUGACGUCGUGGAACACGGUGCUCGUGUGCUAUGCCCAAAAUGGGCAUCUCAAUGAGUCAAAGAUGGUCUUUGAGAGAAUCCCAAGUUUUAGCACUCUUUCCUGGUCGGCCUUGAUUGCUGCAUAUUCGCAAGCAGGGAAUGUGGUAGAAAGCCGCGAAACUUUUGAUGCCAUGGAGUUUAAGGAUGUGAUUGCUUGGAACACUAUGGUUGCGGCCUAUGCCCGGAAUGGGAAUCUUGGAGAAUCGAACUUUAUGUUCAAAGAGAUGAGCUUGGAAGGCAUGAUUCCCAACGAGAGCAGCUUUGUUGGGCUGUUCCACGGCUGCAGCCAUUCGGGGAUGAUAGACGAAGCCCGUCACUACUUUGCAGCGAUGAUUGAAGAUCACUUUGUAGCUGCAAGGAUCGAGCAUUAUUACUGUUUGGUGGACAUUCUUGGACGAGCCAAGAAGCUGGGAGAGGCGGAAGAGCUUGUGUUGAAUAUGCCUUUUUUGCCUGAUGCAGUGGCAUGGACGAGUUUGCUUGCAGCCUGUCGGAUCAAUGGGGACGUUGUGAGAGCUGAGAGAGUUGCCCGGUUUAUAUUUGAGCUGGAACCAGAGGUGGCUGCCCCAUAUAACCUUCUGCACAAUGCUUAUGCUCAUUCUUAA